AUGUUGCUGGAGAUGUCUGUUCUAGACAAUACCAUUUCAACUAAUGCCAAUUCGGUAAAACUGGUGGAUGGCUUCAACUCUUGUUCUGGGCGAGUGGAGGUUUUCCAUGAUGCCAAAACUAAGCUGGUGGAUGGCUUCAACACUUGUUCUGGGAGAGUGGAGGUUUACCAUUCAUGGUGGUGGGGAACAGUGUGUGACAAUGGCUGGGAUGUAUCAGAUGCUGCAGUGGUGUGUAGAGAGAUGGGCUGUGGAGAUGUUAUAGAGGCAAAGACUGGUGCUUAUUUUGGAAAAGGUUCAGGAUCAAUAUGGAUGGCUGAUGUAAACUGUGUUGGAAAUGAGUCAACACUGAGUGCCUGUGAAUCUCGUAAAUGGGGAGUGACUGACUGUGACCAUUCAAAGGAUGCUGGAGUCAUCUGUCAGCCAACCGUCAGGUUAGUGGAUGGCAGUAACUCUUGUUCUGGGCGAGUGGAGGUUUUCUAUGCUGGUGAGUGGGGAACAGUGUGUGAUGACAGCUGGGAUUGGAAUGAGGCAGCAGUUUCAUGUAGAGAGAUGGGCUGUGGAGAUGUUAUAGAGGCAAAAACUGGUGCAUAUUUUGGCCAGGGGACAGGUCGAGUAUGGUUAAGUGGUUUACAGUGUUACAGCAGUGAAUCUUCACUGAGAAGCUGUAAGUCAAUUGGAUGGGGACAAAACAGCUGUGAACAUCAGAAGGAUGCUGGAGUCGCCUGUCAGCGUGAGUACAAAACCUUUUUCUCAAAUGUUCUGGGUGAUUUGCAGCUUAAUUUCUAUGCAUUUGUGGCAUUCCAUUGA